CCAGCUUUCUCAGGCUUGAAAGAGGUUUCAAAAGUGUCUGCGCAUGAGUUACAACAUAAAUCUUUCUCAUUUGAGCGUUUCUGAGCGAACAUGCGUGAGAGUUUGCGUCCAGAUCAAAUCGUAAGUGACUAUGCUACUCUCUUCUGAGCUGUUGGAGAGAGAGCUGACGCAGAGAUAACCGUCAUAGACAUCAUCCUUUAAAUAUCGUUGUUGCAAUGGUACUCGAAACGGAGGAAAGCCGACCUGGAGAUCCAUGGGAAACCUUACCUAUCAAAUUUCUGAUCAAAGUUCUCAGAGAUCAUGGUCUGCCAGUUUCAACACUCGCAACAUGUCGUUCAGUUUGUAAGAAGUGGAUGGAAAUCGUCGAUGGUCCUUAUUUGCGGAGCAAAAUCUGGAAUGAACAUGUCCUUGCGUAUUAUGAUACUGAGGGCACGGCCUACUUUUGCUGUAGUGAUCAAUGGAUCACAAGGAAUAUUACAUUUGAAUCCAAGAGGCUAGUCGCUGCAGAUGGAGGCCUCCUGUGUUUUAACAAUCGUUUGUCAACAGAGUAUGUUCUGUAUAACCCAGUUCCGGAUAGAUUUCUGACCCUGAACGUACCUCAUGAAAUCGAUGGAACACCUGCGGUCAUUGAUGGCAUGAUGGAAUGUGUAGUGGUGGGCUUAGUUGUGGACCGAUCUACAAAGCACUUCAAGUUGCUUUUGGGAGGAGUUCUACUUCCAGAUGAGCGCAGAACUUUGAUUUAUGACUCGAUGAUCGGAACAUGGUCGUGGCUUUCUCAUCCGUUUCCUGCUGAGUCGAAAGUGAGGUGGAAAGUAGGAAGAAGUGUAGCUUGUGGUGGACGUCUGUAUUGGCUCCUAUGGAAGUGUACUUCCUUAGGGAUGUACCUAAGGAAGGCUCUGGUGAUAUUUGAUCUGCGAGAGGAGAAGUGGAAGGCCUUUGUAGAGAAAGUCAACAAGCAUGAGGCCUUUCUAGAGAAAGUCGAGGACAUCCCCUAUGACGCGGAUGAAAGCCAGAAGAGAUUACGCGCCAUCGAUGCAUAUCCUCUCGCCAACUGGUGGCUCCAUCGACACAAAUAUAGUGCCGCAUUUCUUUCUCAUCCAAAGGUACGGGCAAUGGAUGGAGCUCUGGUGGGACCUCGAAAAUGGGAUGGGAAAGAAGGCAGACCUUUCCUUGAUUGUGCUGCAGGAGUCAGUGAUGCCAUCUUCGUCGAUGAAGAAUUCGAUGACCCCGUGGUGGCGAAAUACUGGGCUCGAUAGGACAUGCUGGUUUAUGUUCCCCUCCUGAAUGAGGCAGAAUACUCCAGUUUCUGGAGUAUUCUGCCGCAGGACGUCUAUGAUCCAUUGUGUGCAAUGAUUCCAACCCCCGGAGUAAGUGCAAGGAAUGAAUGGAUAGCACAGCCGCGGAGAGAGCCACAGGAGGUGGUGGAAGUUCCGAUAGGAGAGGAGUUGCACGAAGGUCCAGGAAAUGAGGAUGCAGUGGACCUGCGAUCUCUCGUGAAAAAUGACAUCAGCGCUAUGAUGAACCCUAUUGUAGUAAGAUCGUAAUCCUGAUGACAUGAGCGCUAUGAUCUCGGAAUUUUUCCAAGAUCUUAGCCCUGAUGUCCAAGAUGAAGGCCCAUCAAUAGCGGAUAGCCAGUUAUGGGAAUUUUAUGGGUUGAACAACUAAACCAAUUUCGUUCGUCAUAGUAGACGACCUACAGACAGCUCGGCGACUUCCACCAUGACGAGCGCGCAGCCCCCGAUCCCAAUACUGAUCUAUGAGGUAACGAACGGAAGACUCAUCUGCAAUCAUAAGUAUUUGACACUUGGUAAGCCUUUUGUUUGUAGGAGUUGCGCUACCAAGCAUUAUGCUACGGCGUGGUUGGCAUCUGUUUUCAUCAACUCUUUCGCAGGAUGUUGGGUCAUUCUAUUGGCGAAGUGUUCUUGCCCUCGCAGAACCUGACAGCUCAGUGCAAUUUUGCAUACGACCAGUUAAUGAACUCAGAAAGAAACGGACGUUGCGACCACAAAGCUGUGUUAGAAAUCAAUGAUUCACUUUAUAUUUCCCAUCACCGGAUGUAGAUAUGGCGAACCGUUAAGAAUAGAAGAUUGUCCGCUUACUUUAAAAGUUUUGGAACAGAGUUUUCCAUCGAAAGGUGGCUUUAAGACUGAAGGAGAAAUCUCGUCUGCGACACAAUAGACGGCUAAAAGUUUUGAACCUCGAGGCUAGUUACUGGGAUUUCCUUCAGAGGUCAGGAUGUAACUGUUGUCCUGUGUAUUUUGUCCGGU